AUGACACGCAAGAACUACCUGAAUCCUCAGCCUCACUACCAUCAGCUCUAUCACCAGCAUCCUCCUCCUCAUCAUCAGCAUGGUCCCCCAACUCCUACCUCUAUUUCACCCUCUAGUACCGGUAGCAGGAGACCUGUGAUGAGCAAUCAUAAUAGGAGGUCCUUGAAUACCAAUGGUAGUAGUAGUGGUAGUAGCAAUCGCAUGGUGGGAGUGGCCAUGUUUGCCGGCAUGGCCGUAGCACUGCUCUACCAGAUGGGAUACUACGGUUUCUCCAUCAUGAUGGAAACCAAUUCUCUAUCGUCGGCACGAAAACAUCGUCAACAACUGCAACAAGAAACCGCCACCAUGGUCAAGGCACCCACUGUUCCCAGGGAAGAACAUGAAGAACGGUUGGAAGACAACGAACACGCUCCCCCCAUUGACGUUGGGUUGCUCAUGCAACAGCAACCACAAGAAGAACCAGAACCACCCAGAAAGAGUCCCAUCAAUCAACAUCUCGUGUCCGGAGAUAUCGCACGCAUGAUUGCCCAAAAGUUGGCCAAACAGUACGAAUUCAAUCCAGAAGAAGAACAUGUAGGAGAAGCAGAAGAACCGCGGGGAUACAAUCAAGUUGUGGAAAGAAAGUUUAGUUUUCAAGAUGCCUUUGCCAGGGACACGGCCCAGGAACACCCACCACGCAACAGCAGAAAGAGUCGACAUCCCGAUGACUACGAUGAGGACGAAGAAGACGUCGACGAACAAGGAUUUCUUCCACCCAAACAACCACAACAACAACAAGAAACAGUUUCCAGUAAUGUGGUCCCCAUUCCAAUCGUCUCUAGUCAACAAGUACCCAAGGGAAUGCCCAAAUACGAAGGAGAAUUGCCCGACGAUUGGAAUGCCAUUCUCAAACUACGAAGAGAAUUCAUGGCCAAACAUCAUCCACCCCCCAAGGCAACCGUCACCAUUGGCAAGGGCAUUUCGGUACGAUUGCCACAAUUACAACAACCACCACAACAACCACAAUUUGGUCCCAAUGGAGAACCCAUUAUUCUGCUACGCUCCGAUGCCCUCUAUCAAAAGGGAACCUGGGACAAGUCACCCAUUAUCAUUGAAAAGUACAAACUGGUUUUCUUUACAGUCCCAAAGGUCGGAUGUACCGCAUUUAAACAACUCUUUCGAAGAAUCAUGGGAUACGACAAUUGGAAAGAUCAUCAGUACUACAAUGAACCCUUUCUUCCUCACAAUCCCGCCACCAACGGACUCAAAUACUUGAGCGAUUAUCCCUUUGAACAAGCCAACGAAAUGUUGACGUCUGACGAAUGGACGCGUGCCAUUUUUGUACGCAAACCCGAAGAACGCGUCCUAUCCGCAUUUCUAGACAAGGCAGCGUACAGUAAGGGAUACUACCUACGCAUGCGCUGUUGUCCCAAGUUUACGGCUGGAACCGAUCCCUGGAAACUAUUGCAAUGUGGAACGGGAACCAAACAAUACACACCUCCCGCUCCAGGUGAAACCAAUACACCCAUCAUGACAUUUGAACAGUUCUUGACCGAUAUCAUGCCGCAUUGUAGUGAUCCUCAUUGGGAACCACAGGCCAUUCGAAUGGCCCCAAAGUAUUGGGAACGCAUUAACUUUGUCGGGCGGUUUGAAUCGUUGCAAGAAGAUACCAAAGCCCUCCUGACGAAAUUGGACGAUGCCUGGGAUACCUACGGUGCCAAGGGUUGGGAUGAUGGUGGGGCCAUUUUUGAUAUCAGUCAAAAGGCCAAGCAUGGGACCAAAGCACAAGACAAGGAUAGCAAAUCCAAGUUUUUCACAAAGGAUGCUUUGACCACGAUCGCCUCGUACUACGAUGCCGACUACGUUCACGACAAGUUGAAUUUUGAACGACCAGUGAUUGACUGA